AUGAUGGCAGCCAGCGGGCGGAUUCGCAAGCGAAAGCAUAAAAGCCAUACAAGUGGCGACGUUCCCACUACAACGACUAGUGUACCCAUGCCCAUUCCGACCAUGGCGCCUGGAAAAAUCGUCGCGGAGACAAUGGAGGAAGCCGCCCUCGCCGGGGAUUACAAUAAUUUCACGCAUAAUUUCGUCGAUUUGCAGAACCUCUUGAGUUUCAACGAAUUGAAUGGCACUAGUAGUAGCGGUGGUGGAGGUGGUGUAGGUGGUGUAGGUGGUAGCAGUGCUGUCAGCUCCUUGAGCGCAUCGAGUGCCAUUAAGCUGAGUAACGGCGCCAUUACGGACACUCUGCUGGGCACGGUUCUUACUACGGCCACGGCCACGGUGGCUCCGGCGGCCAGUUCGCUUCUAGCCACCUUGGCGGCCACCACAACAGCUUCUGCGAGAGGAUCGCUGGCGAGCAAGUCCCUGGCUAUUGCCGACGCCACUUCAUCCACCUAUUACUCCAACUUGCUGAACCUAUCGCCGGCCACCACCAGCUUGAUCUCGGCGGCUGCGGCCACCAAGUCGUACAACGACAGUGCCCUCCGGUGGGAGCAGCUGGACGGAAGCGUGGACUUCGGGUUCGACCCACUAUACCGCCACUCGCUGGCCAUGUCCAUGGUUUACUGCGUGGCCUACAUCGUCGUCUUCCUGGUGGGACUCAUCGGGAAUAGCUUCGUGAUCGCCGUCGUCCUGCGGGCUCCUCGCAUGCGGACGGUGACGAACUACUUCAUUGUGAAUCUGGCCAUUGCGGACAUCCUGGUCAUUGUCUUCUGCCUGCCAGCCACUCUGAUUGGCAACAUCUUUGUGCCCUGGAUGCUCGGAUGGCUGAUGUGCAAGUUUGUGCCCUACAUACAAGGUGUCUCCGUGGCAGCCUCUGUCUACAGCCUGAUUGCCGUUUCCCUGGACAGGUUCAUUGCCAUCUGGUGGCCCCUGAAGCAGAUGACAAAGCGACGGGCCCGCAUCAUGAUAAUAGGCAUAUGGGUAAUCGCGCUGGUGACCACCAUCCCUUGGCUGCUUUUCUUCGACCUGGUGCCCGCCGAGGAGGUCUUCUCCGACGCCCUGGUCUCGGCUUACUCGCAGCCGCAGUUCCUCUGCCAGGAAGUGUGGCCUCCGGGCACGGAUGGGAACCUGUACUUCCUCCUAGCCAACCUGGUGGCCUGCUACCUGCUGCCCAUGUCCCUGAUCACGCUCUGCUACGUGCUCAUCUGGAUCAAGGUCUCCACGAGGUCCAUACCCGGCGAGUCCAAGGACGCGCAAAUGGACCGCAUGCAGCAAAAGAGCAAGGUGAAGGUCAUCAAGAUGCUGGUGGCCGUGGUGAUCUUGUUUGUUUUGUCCUGGCUGCCGCUCUACGUCAUCUUUGCGCGUAUCAAGUUCGGCUCGGACAUCUCGCAGGAGGAGUUCGAGAUCCUCAAGAAGGUGAUGCCGGUGGCCCAGUGGCUGGGCUCCUCGAACAGCUGCAUCAACCCCAUCCUCUACUCAGUGAACAAGAAGUACCGACGCGGAUUCGCGGCCAUCAUAAAGUCGCGCAGCUGCUGCGGACGCCUCAGGUACUACGACAACGUGGCCAUAGCCUCCAGCACCACCAGCACCCGGAAGUCCUCGCACUACCACCAGAACAGCUCGAGAAAGAGUCCGAGCAGCAAGGGCAACGCGGUGUCCUACAUCUACGAGCAUAACUCGCUGCGGCGCCACAACAUGAUGCUCAAGCAGGACAGCAACCUGUCGCAGCAAAUGCUGCUCAAGCAGGACUCUCACGGAUCUCGUCAGUUCCUCAUCAAGCAGGAGAGCUCCUGCAGCGAUGCCUCCGGGAUAAGGCGACCCCUCUGCCAGCAGGACAGCAAUGGCUCCAAGGUGUCACUGUCCAAGCAGGACUCAAUUGUGUCCUACAUGGAGGCUCGACGGGCGGCGGGACACGGUCUGAACGACACUCUAGUGGACAGGGAUAGCGUCUCUAUGGACAUUGGCCGGCGACAGGGCGCUACACCGAGCUCCCUGCUCGAUAAGCGGCAGAAAUUUGUGAAGCAGGACUCGGUGAUCUCGUUUGUGGACCAGCGACCAGAGCAAAGGCGCCAUCAACUGGUCAAGCAGGACUCGGUCAUCUCCUUCGCAGACCAGCGACGCGGGCUGCUCCACAAACAGGAUUCGCUCAUGGCCAACCGGACGGGUGAUGCACCCACCCACCACGUUUCCAUUCUGAAGAAGACCGACUCGCAGCUCAGCUACGGCAGCUCUACUUCUCCUCGCAGAAAUGCGGAUCUCUACGAGCAGGCAACAUUGGGUUAA